AUGAAUCUACUCGGUCUUGUUGUUUGUAGUGUGUGUUGGGUAAAUUUUGCAAGGUCCAUUAAAAAAUCUUGGCUUGAUGCUCAUCACCAGGGGAACAGCCCAAUAGAGAUGAGCAGCAGCGAGGAAGAACCGUUCGAGGGAUCUGCCAGAAUUGGUACUGCUGACAAGUCUGUUAUUGAUGGUGCUAACGAAUUGUUAGAGUCCUUGGAACAAUCCCAUCGGGCUGAUCUGGCAUUACAUCUUUAUUCAUCUUAUCUGCUAAAGAAUCUGCUAUACAGAGCUAACGAGAAAAAGCACCCGUAUGAAGUGGAUCAAUUCAUCAAGACCCAGAUAAAGGAUAAUUGGACCAAUUGGCCAAGUUCUAAGACAGUUAUCGAUCCUCAGACUGAUAAAUUGUACGAAGAUGCUAUCAUAUCGAAUUCGACAUAUGAACCCGGUGAAAUUUCACCAAAUGCCCUUACACAUUCUGCUUCCAUGUUGAGACAAGAGCUAGAUUCCUACUGGCAAGGUUGUUUGGCCCAAUGUGCUUCAGCUUCGGAGGAUACGCUUGAUGUUGACAAGAUGGAAAUGCCUUCAGAAUUGGCUCACAACGUCAUAGGUAAGUUAGAUCGUUUCUUCGAAGGUUUACAUCAUAAAGUUGCUAAAAAGAAUAAGAUUGAGUUACAACAGGAUUCAACUUCUAAACAAUUAACAGUUUCGCAACCUGAAAACGAAACUAUCAAGGGCAAAAGACGUGUGCAGUUAAGAUAUCAUGAUAUUAUAUCUAGAGGUUGUGAAAUGGGCGAAGAUAUGACUGAAAUUUACAUGAAAUCACUAGAACUCUACAACGAUAUCCCAGGGACCAUUAAAAAAAAUCAAUUUAAACUGCCAAAGACUGAAUUGAAAAAAUAUCGUCCGGUAAAGGGCGGUAAAUCGAAGAUUGAGGUCAUGAGGAAGACAAGGGAAAAUUAUCUGGAAUUGGAAAAAUUGUUAAAAGAUAAAAGAUUAACUGCUAAGGAUAAAAUGGAAUUGAAAAAGAUGACAAGGAAGAAAAUCGAGUUAUCGUUAAGCAAAAAGAAUUUCUUUCAAGUGAAAGGAUACGGACUGGACGAUGAUAAUGACGAAGAAAGUGAUCCAACUUCAAGCAAUUAUAAUGUGGACGAUGCUCUCAUAAGAAUACCGAGGAGAAAGUAA